AUGGCUCUUCCGCAAUCUGCCUACAAGGACCGCCAGUUCCUUGCUGUUAUCGGUGAUGAGCACGUUACCGACCCUCCGGACUCACAAAAGAACUACCUCGUCGUCGACCACAAGACCGAGACACACGCCAUCGAGGAGGCCUUUGACAGCUUCACCCAGGAGCGCAAGGACAUUGCCAUUCUCCUCAUCAACCAGCACGUACGACUCUCUGACUGUCAUAUCUUCUCCUACACAGACAGCUCAUACAAUAUUCAGAUCGCCGACAAGAUCCGCAGCCGCGUUGACUCGUACACCCAAGCCUUCCCCUCGCUCCUCGAGAUUCCCUCCAAAGACCACCCGUACGAUCCCGAGAAGGACAGCGUCAUGAAGCGCGUCAAGAAGUUGUUUGGAGAGUAA